AUUUACAAAUACCUCUAUAGUGAAAAAUACAGGUUGGAUGUCCUGGUAGGUAAUGACCACCUGGCCAGCUGCUCUUUUAGCUUGUUCUCUGUUCUCUGCCACAAUUGCCCCAAUAAUCUGCCCCACACAGAUGACCUGUUAAGGACAAACAAAUAAAUAAAACACUAGGACUGACCUGAAAUUUAAGGAAGAUCAUGGGUUUAUAGAUAUAUUAAAAGACAUGACAAGGUAUCCCUAAUGACCUCUUCUUCAGCAAAAACUUCCUCUGGGUUGUUGAACCACAGUCUUCGAUUUUGACCAGGUACAUCCUGAGCAGAUAUGAAGGUGACCACUCCAGGCAUGGCCAAAGCCACUGAUGCAUCGAUAGAUCUGGUGUGAAGAUAAGGUGGUUACACUUAAUUUUGAUAGUCCACUUUAGACAUUCUAGUAAUGCAAAGCGACAUGAUCACAAUAGCAUGACCAAAAGACAGUGCCAUGAAUUCCAAAGGGACUCACAGUUCAACCCAUCCACUUCAGUCAAUUAGUUGAAAAAACACACAGUCAUCCCCUGAUUCCUUGAUGGGUUUGGGAUUAUUGGAUGUCAACGUUCCUCCCUGUAGUUAAACACAUUAGACCCUGGACACUAAGAUGUACCCAUAAUCCCUCUGUAGACCCCCCUAGACUGGUGAAUAUAAAGUCCAGAUCGGACGGCACACAGACACCAAACCUCAGCAGAGGAGAAUCCUGAACAUCUCCAUACACUGAGACAACAUGGAUCCAAGAGCCUCCUUCUCCAUUCUGAUGCUGCUGGUUGGCUUCUCCCAAGCAGUUUUUUUACCGGAGCAGAAGCUUGCAGAUUUGUUGGUAUCAGAGCCAGAAAAUGUGGAUCUCACUACAAAGAUUUUAGAGACCAACAAUGGAUCUGCUGAAAUCUUGCUUGAAGGAGAUCUGGUGUUUCCCAAAACCAGAAAUGCUCUCUACUGCUUAAACAACAACUGUUUCUGGAAGAAAAACGCUAACAAUCUAGUUGAGGUCCCUUACAUAGUGAGCAGUGAAUUUACAUAUUAUGAGAAGAGUACUAUCCAGAGCGCCAUGAUGUCCUUCGCCAGCAAAACCUGCAUCCGCUUUGUGCCCAGAUCAUCUCAGAUCGACUACAUCAGUAUUGAGAACCUAGAUGGGUGUUACUCGUCUCUUGGUAGAACAGGUGGCAAACAGGUGGUCUCCCUCAAAAGGGGCGGUUGUGUGUACCAUGGCAUCGUUGAACAUGAGCUCAAUCACGCCCUGGGCUUCUACCAUGAGCAAACCAGGAGCGAUCGUGACCAGUACGUCAGGAUCAACUGGGCAAACAUCUUUCCUGAUAUGGCCUACAACUUCCAGAAACAGAACACCAACAAUCAAAACACUCCAUACGACUACAGCUCCGUCAUGCACUAUGGAAAAACCGCCUUCACCACCCAGUAUGGGCAGGAAACCAUCACUCCCAUUCCUGAUGCAUCUGUGCAAAUCGGACAGAGACAGGAGCUGUCUAACAUCGACAUCCUGAGGAUCAACAAACUGUAUGGAUGCUGAAGUUGAUGCUUAUAUACAUGUGAUGUUACUGAUCAUUUAAUAUAGUUUAUGUGUCUAUAGAUGUUAUAAUGAGGGAAUGAAGUGAUGAUAUUUG